GAUACACAAAAGAUUACAGAGAUACACAAAAGAUUCUAAGAAAAAUUCAUUUCCUGGUUCCUUUACACUAUCUAGGGAGGUGAUGUCAAUAAUAAUUCAUCUGAAAGGCAUGUUUAUGAUAUACACCCAUCCUCCAGAAUUUACGCCCAUGGUCAUGACACUAGAUAUUCUUUCUCUAGCGUACUAAAACAGAUCGUCUUGUUUUUACAUGGGCGUCGUCAGGAGGGGACAAAACACUCAAGAGCAAACCGCCAAACAUCAACUGUGCGGUCGGUGCGGUGCUUUUUAUUCAUACGACCCAUUGUUUUUGCGAUUGAAAAACCGCGAACAAUAGGAGAGUUUACUUGUGUCAGCCUGAGAAAAAUUCUCCUGCGACUGUGUCCUGGACACAUUUUAUUUAAAUGCAGCUCGGUCUGGCGUAAAGAGAAACACAUAAAAUGAGGAAACAAUGAGGGAACUGGCCCUGGUCUACCCACUAUAUGGUGUCAGUGCUUAUGGGACCCAAAAUAUUUUAGUCAGCAUGCAUACAGCAUUGCCCUGUAACGUGUUAAACGACUGGUAAUGUAUCAAACUAUUUCAUGGUAUUUCACUAAAUUCUGGUAUAAAUGGCAACUGACACAAGGUUUAAACAAUGAGAAGCAUUACACGCAGAGAAGCAUUACAGGCAGAGGUUUCACUGCUUGGUAGUAAGACGGAAAAAAGACUUUAGAUCACGACCCUAUCAAACAUGAGCUGACAUUGUACGGAUAACACGAGGUGCUCUUAGUAAAUGGAUACCGGUACAUACAUGUAUUAACAAGAAAAAAUCUGAGACAAAUCUAAAAACAAGCGAAAUUGUAGUGUGUUUAAACCAACCUGGAUAACAACUCGAAGAAACAGAAUCUAAACAGAUUGCUUUAUUUGGAAACUCAUUAUUUCAGAAAUACUCACUGUAACGAACGAGACCGAAAAUACUAUGCGAUGAUUAGUUGUGAAUUACACACGUUGUAAAAACGCUAAUUUAAUGGAAACUUGAAUUUAUUAACUCAAAGGAAAUUAAAUAAAAUCUAAGUGAAUAAAUAGUUUCCCAUUCCUGAACUUUUUUGUUCAGGAAUGGGAAACACUCAAAAUAUUUUAAUAAAAACAUCAAUUUGUAAAACAUUUGGGAGUUUUUAGUAAAGUUUAACUUUUGAGAAAGAUCGUAAAACCGGGAGUAAACAUUAAUUUGCAUACACCCAUAAUCAGCAGUCAGAAUGAACCGGGAGUGGAAAGUGUUUGUUUCCCGUAGUGCAUGCCAACUAGAGUACUGCGUCACAGUUGAUAUUUCCUACUGCGCAUGACAACUGUUCUAGCACAACACAGACGAAACGACAUGAAGGCUGAACGGAUGACCUCACUGUUUACAGCUCUGUGUGUUCACAACUGGUCUGCGCUUAGGAAUGGUGAAGUCGUGCUAGUGAAAAAUUUUCUCAGUAGUGUGUAAUAAAGAUUGCAGGUACAAUUUCAUGUUUAAGCAAAUUUUGUUGAGAUUGUUGCACAUGAACAUCUGUGAUUGUCAUCUAUUGUGGGAAGCGGGCUUAGCACCACAACACACGAACAGCAAUUAAACGUUUACGGUAACAUCGUACCAGUACCUUGAUGUGCUGAAUAAACAUGGCGUUUGAUUGCGUCGAGAAAAUCGUCAAAUUGUUCUUCUUCAAUUACGGUGGUUUCAUAGCGAGACACCCGUAUCCCUUUCUUGUUCUUCCACUGCUGUUGGCCGGAGCACUAGGUGCCGGAAUGGUGUUCCUGACGGAGGAAAACAGCAUAGAGAACCUGUACACUCCGGAAAAUGGGCAGGCAAAGACGGACAGGAACACGGUGGAAACACUGUUCGCCGAACACGGUGACAACGAGACAUUAGUAUCACAUCUGUCGAGACUGCCUCGGGAAGGGAGUGUGAUUAUACGGCAGAAAGAUGGCCAGAAUAUCCUGACACAAGCUGCCAUGGAGGACAUCAUCAAUCUACACGAGCAGAUCAUGAACAUUACCAUCCAACACGACAACCAAGAAUAUAAAUUCACUAAUCUCUGCAUAAAAUGGGACGGUACUUGUAACGAGAACCUCAUACUAGCCUUAUAUGAUUACAACGCCUCUAAUGUGCCGUUGACUCCUCUAACCUUUCCCCUCUAUACACUAGUCGGUGACACUGUACCUUAUUUUCUUGGUGGAGGAUUAGGAGGCGUGACAUUCAAAUCGGGUUCUCAAGAUGAGGUAGUUUCAGCCAACGCUGUCCGGUUGUCCUACUUCUUACGUUACCAAGACGACGUAGAGGAUCAGCGAAGCGCCUUGUGGGAAGAAAAGUUCUUAGAAGUCGCGGAGGCUUUCACUUCAUCCGUUGUCAGCGUCACUCGGGAGGUGUCUUCCACACUGGAAACCGAGCUCGACAGAGCUAGCUCCAGUGUGAUCAAGGAUUUCACUAUCACCUUCACUGUCGUGAUCACGUUCAGCAUCUCGUCCUGCGUGAUGCUGGACUGGGUGCGAAGCAAGCCGUGGCUGGCCGGCUGCGGCGUAAUCUCCGCCGGCCUGGCCGUGCUGUCAUCUUUCGGGUUGAUGAGCUACAUCGGCAUACCGUACAUUAAUGUCGUCGGCUCAGCACCAUUUCUCAUCUUGGGCAUUGGAGUUGACGACAUGUUCAUCAUGUUGGCUGCUUGGCGACAGACUGACGUCCGAUGGUCAGUGGAACAGCGCAUGCGCUAUGCCUUCUCUGAGGCCGCCAUGUCUAUUACCAUCACGUCCAUCACAGAUGCCCUGGCCUUCGGAAUUGGAGCCAUCACCUUCUUCAGAUCCGUCCGCAUAUUCUGCAUGUACACGGGCGUGGCUGUUAUCUUUGACUACGCCUUUCAGAUCACUUUCUUCGGCGCAUGCAUGGUGCUCACCGGCCGACGUGAGGCAGCUAACCGACAUUGCAUGUCGUGCCUCAAAGUCAAACCCAAAAGCGAAUCCUCAUCCACGGCCUACACCAUAUUCUGCGCUGGUGGUUCAUCCCAGCAAGCUUCCGACAGGGACGAAGGUGAUACCAAUGACCAUGCCCUCAUGCUGUUCUUCAAAAAUUACUACGGUCCUUUCAUCACACGCUGGUGGAUGGUGACCCUGACAAUAGUACUGUUUCUAGCCUAUCUGGGCACCGCUAUCUACGGAUGUACCCAGGUUCGAGAAGGUCUCGCUCUCAGAAACCUUGCCCGGGAUAACUCUUACGCGGCUGAGUUCUUGGAUGACGAGGGGCAGCACUUCACUACCUACGGUCCCCAGGUCUCUCUGAUGCUCACUGAGCCCAGAGACGUGUGGAAUCCCGUGGUGCAAGAUCUCAUGGAGGACACUUUGGCAAAGAUGGAGGCGAGUGAAUACACCUACAGCAAGGAUCACAAUCUGACUGUGUCAUGGCUGCGCGACUACCUUGACUUUCUUCGGACCAUCAACCUCAUUAACCCAACCCAGGCGCAAUUCAUCGACACGCUGCGCGAGACAUUCCUCAAGGUUCCCGCCUUCAAGAAGUACUCGAUGGACGUUGUGUUCAACACUGACAACUCCAAUAUCGCGGCGUCGCGAUUCUUUGUCACAACCAAAGACUUAGACUCCACCGAAAAGGAGCGAUAUAUGAUGACAGAGUUGAGGCAGAUAGCCGAGGAGGCUGAGCUACCCACCAUAGCCUACCACCCAGCCUUCAUUUUCUUUGAUCAGUAUAUCGCCAUUUUGCCCAACACACUGCAGAAUAUGGGGAUUGCCGUGGGCGCCAUGUUGAUCGUGGCCCUGUUGAUGAUCCCCAAUCUCAUCUGUUCUCUGCUGGUCACUCUCUCCCUAGCCUCCAUCGUCACAGGGGUGGUGGGAUUCAUGUCUCUGUGGCAAGUGAACCUCGACUCUAUCGCCAUGACCAAUCUCAUUCUUUGCAUAGGUUUCAGCGUGGACUUCUCCGCCCACAUCAGCUAUGCUUACAUCUCUGCUAACACAGGCUCCCGUCGAAGCAACGUUGUACACAGCCUCUACUCUCUGGGCAUGCCAAUCGUUCAAGGGUCUCUCUCCACCAUACUCGGUGUCGUAGUACUCGCCUUCACAGACUCUUACAUCUUCCGCACCUUCUUCAAGACCAUGUUCCUUGUGAUCUCCCUGGGGGCGCUGCACGGCCUGCUCUUCUUACCGGUAUUCCUCCUGCUCACGAUUCCUGUGAAGACUCACCGAGGGAAAGACUCCAGCGAGAAUCUGCGAGAUGGUGGCGUGGCCAACAGCCCACACGGCAGUCCGGGGAAAGCGUUUGCCAUUGGAGCGUAUCCAUCUACCGUCGACGGGGCCAAUCGAACGCCCACCACCGCCUCAUACUAUCCCCAUCGGUCACAGUCAUUGCCAUACAGCAUGAAUGCCAGUGUUGCGGACUCCGGGCCCUCCUUUGUCACCUGCCGACGGCAGCCUCCACCAUUGCAAAACAGUAACCGUUGGCAGAACAGGGCUUUGUCCGAAGAUUUUGCCAUUCCAAGGGCUACGCCUAAUUCAGCCUACAGCGCGAGGGAAGGUAUUUACCAUCCAUAAUCUUGCCCCAAAGCAGAAAUGGCCACACUUUUAAUUUGCACACAAGCACAAGGGAUCUUUGUAGUAAAAAUUUACUGGUCUAGCUUGCGUUGCGCAGUUUAACUUUGAAGGUUAAGGUGGGUUUGUACUACGGCAGAGCAGCACUCCCUUGAAUCCAACCUGUGACGUUUAGGGCAAAAUAACCAUUUAAAAACUAUACUUUGAAAUAACUGAGGGUAAAAAGGUUUGCUGUAAGUUUCUGAAGUUAUUGGUUUGGUAAGUUAUUUUUCCAUUCUGACGGCAAAGAUUUUUUCUUUCUGUAAAUAUUAUGGUUUUGUUCAUACCUAGCGGAGACUCUUCACAGAAAACUAUUGAUGUUUGUCGCAUUCUCCCCCAUAGGAUAACGUUGUUUUGAGAAAUAAACAAAAUUGCGCUAAUUGGUAAUUAACUUCGUCGCAUUGUUUCUGUAACUUUGAAGAGGAUGUGAUUUUAGAAUGGAUAAAAAAAUUGGUUUGAAAUCUUUCAGUUGAAAAAGAAGUACCUACUGCUUUGUUUUACAUUUUGGAAGACUUUGCACCAGUAUGUAGCGUUUGCCGUACCAUUAGAGUCAAUUUAUGUCAACUGUUCCGUUUGUAAUCAUAGCAUUAAAUGUUUAAAAUAAUUUAUUGAUGGGGACUUUGUCUUUCAGAUGUCAGAAAGGAUUUGGUCGAGUGUUACAUUAGUAUGAUACUUUGGAAAUUAUGUAUGGACGUUAAAGCCCAACUCCAACGAUGCUAACUUUUCUCAUAUUGAAUCCAAUUCAGAAGAGCAAAGUCAAAAGUGGCACAUAUCAAUAUCUCCCUUGCAAUAAACUUUUUCUUGUGUGUUUAUAAAAUACAAUUUUUGUACCCAUUUUUCACGUGAGUCUAGCCCGGUACUGUAAAAAUGGACGUGUAGUCACGACUCAUUAGCAUCUAAUGAAUAUUGAUAUUUGUGAUGUAUUCCAGUGGAAAGGACCACGUACGCUGUAGGCGCGCAUAGCACGCGUAGCUGCGGACGACAGCACGAACUUGAAUAACGUUCUUAUUCUUCGGAAAGUCGAAGAAAUUCAAUCCUGGUUCUUUCGCAGAAUUUCCUGCAGGCCUACACGAUUUCAGCAUUAUUGUCAAUCAUGAGGAAAGGAGCAUACUCUCAACUGAAAAGAGAUAAUGUGGCACAGUAGACCCGGCACACAAAUCGAUCGCCGGUACGCGGUGCACGCACAUUUAGCUUCAUGUUCAUGUACAUGUACGUUUGUAGCGGAACCAGUCGUGCCACAGAUACCAGUUUCAAUGUUUUCUCCGGUAUCAUACAAAUUUUGUUUCUCAACAGCGCUGCGAGCGGUCAGAGAGUGGACAUUUUUCAUAAAGCUCGAAUACACCGUUCAAACCUGUCGGCAAAAUGACAAAAAUACAGACGCAAUACAGACAUGAUUUGGUAAUGAAUAUACGGUUCAUUACACACUAAACACAAUACUUGUUUUAUUUUCAAAACUUUUGAAACCGUUGAAGUUGGUCUUUAAGCAACAGUAGGUGCUCCGAUAGCCCAUCCUUUGAUUCAAGGUAGUGAUUGUUUAAGCUUUAGAAUUACUCAGAUUAUUUUCUAAGCAAAGCUACAUGUAAGUGUGAUUUUGACUAAAUAAAUCAGUACAGUUGGAUUCGGAAAACAAUUUGCCACAUAUACUACUGCUGUGGGUAGAAGAUCUCAAAAAUUUUGACCAAUCAACAUUGAUCUAUUUAAAUGUGUAUAUUUAAGCACUUAAUGACUCUAUGGUAUAAACAUGCAACUAUUUAUUUAUGAAGACUUGUGUUUUGGGUUUUCUUUUUUGUUUGUUUAGUUUUAGAAAAAUGGCUAUUGAUCUUUUUUCUGUUUGAACUCUGACGACGCCACUAUCUUUACGGUUUUCUUUACAUUUGAAUAGUGGCAUUUGAAUUCUUGAAAGUAGACUACAGAGCAGUUGUAAAUCAAAAACCAUGUGCUGUCUUGGAAGUGAGAGAGAGGCCUCGUAGUUGAGAAAAAGCAAAAGAGUAAUUAUAUUAUUUUUCCUGUCAGGUUUAAUGCGCAUGCUACACAAGGUCAAGAAUAUAUAGUGGGGAGAAAAUAAAUUACGGAAUAGCUUUUCAUCGAUCCAGAGAAUAAGCUUGAUCCUGAUAAAUAGAAUAUAUCUUUUUCAAAAUCUUUGGCACAGAAGGUAAAUAAAUAUUUUUGAGUUGUUAAAUAAACGCUUAUGUUUGAAUUUGAAUUGUUGCAAUAGAGUUCCGAAGUGAAUACGUGUGUAAAAGGCAUGAGCGCGUGAACCAGCGCGUGAACCAACACUUGCCCGUACUCCAUUCGUUUGAACUGCACUGUUUGGUUCAAAGUGACGUCACACUUCGGUACUCUAUUUGUAAUGACAUUUUGUAAUGAAUUCACAGAUUAAUUUUUGGGAUUGUAUUGAUUGCAGUGCUUUAACAUCUCAACUUUUCAAUCUAAUGUUAUUGAAAGAAAUGAAAAUAAACGGUGGAACAAUAAAAAUGCCCUUUUCUAACUUUA